AUGUUGACGAUUACGCAACCAGCGCACAUGGUAACAUUCGUGUCAGUAUUGGGCUUGGCGUACUUACUGAGUCCCAGGAACCACGAGAUGGGGUUCAAGUCUCCUCUUCUCUCAUUCCUCUACCUGGCCUCAUUUGCCUUCCACUUUGGCGCUCAAAUGUGGAUGACUUUCGUCUCAGGUAAGAAGCAGAUGGCCAAGUCAGGUCUCUUGCUGUUCUUCAGCAUUCCCCGUCACUCAUUCGGUCAAGUGCAACGUGUCCUCUUCCCGACCUACUUUCUCAUCAACUCCAUCCUUUCCUUCAUCACUCUAACGCUUUUCGUCCACUUUCAACCUUUCGGGCAGCUCUCUACCAGAUGGGACUCUAUGCAGGUCGGAAGCCAGGUGGUUUGCUUUCUUGUGGAGCUCGGGACUCGCCUGUACCUCACGCCGCCUCUCUUGGCCGCUCUCUCCCAGAAGUUGGUCAUGGAAAAGGCCGCUCGCAUCGGACAGGAGGUUGGGCACUAUAACCUGGGUCGGCUGAAGAAUUGUCCCCAUUUCAUGAAGUUGCAUCGCCAGUUCCGUCGGAUCCACAUAGUGAUCGCCUUGGGGAAUAUGGUGGCCAUGGCUUGCACCAGCUUCCACCUCUAUCACCUGGCGUCCCAGCUCUGCUAUCGAUUCCACCAAGCAGCUGUCCCUUGAUGCAGUAGCAUGUUUAAAUUUAGAACUGAUUUCUAUAGGACUUCCUGAUGUGCUUCCAGCAUCUCUCUUCGAGCUCGUGUCACUACGAAGCUACUCUCUCGGUCUCACUCGAAUGCUAUUUCUUUGGGUAGCACAGAAUCUCAAGUCUAGUCACAUACAAAGGAAGGACAUUCCCACUGAACUCUCAUCCCCAGAUUGUUUUGCGCGUGCCGUAAGCAACUUUAUUUUAUUCAUGGGUCCUCCAUCCCAGUUGAUCCAGACCUAGGACCAAUAUUCCAAUUGCGAAAAAGUCUAUUUGUAAGUUGACUAGUCUGUUGGGAGCUCUCAUCCUAAGACAGUAUUCCUAUCCUUUUCUUUCUCUCUCGUCAUCUCUCCCAAAGACCAAAUUCUCACGUACAACAAAUAUUUAUCAGAAAGGCAUCAGGGUGCAAGAAUGCAUGGGAGAAUGCCUGUUAUCAUCGUCGUAUCCCUUAAUUAAUACUUCAUUUCAGGCCUGAGGCUGGCAUUGUGGAACUGUUCUAUAGUAGACUUUGUACUUAUGGUUUCUUUUUCCUGAUAUCUUCAUCCAGAUUCUGAUGUUUUCACUCGUCUUAAGGUGCUGUUAUGUUGUGGACCUGUGUAUUGUCCUAUUUCAUAUUCCACCAUGCCGAUUUCAGGGAAACUUUUCUCAGUCCCACACAUUCCUUACUGCGACAUUCGACUGUCCUCCGUCCUCGAGAGCGAAAUACAAAUGGCAAUUUGACCACAGUAUUAGGGAAAACGUUUAAUCAGAAACAAGUUCAACUUAGGUUGUAUUGAAUCUAAAUUCUCAGUUUGCAUGCAAUUAAGCGUCCUUUCGCUGAACCAUUGCACGAAUGCGCUUUGUGGAAUUGACCAAUGACCACCAUUGACUUAUCGGCAUGGUGAAACCACGAGUCUUGUACGCUUUCAAGUGCCGAGGAGCACCUGGACAAGUCUUUAUUCUCUUCAUGAAUGCACAAUAAAUGCAUGUCUGUCUUCCCAACCUCGUGUCGGUUUUCUUGUACAUUGAGCCUUUUGCAUAUGGGUUUCUAUGAAGAAUCUCACAUUGGAAGCAUCGGGUUUGUAGAAAACUAUGUUCAUAAUGAAUUAUACAUAUAUGAGAACCACCUUUUAUGAAGUGAAUACGUUUUCGCGGUUUGGUGAUGGUUGACUGACUUGGAAUCGAAAGGCUGCUACUAUAAUUUGUUACAUACAGUAAAUUAUUGCAAAAUAAAUUGCAUUUUGACCACCCCAUGCCUGAGAAAUUCAAGGUAAAGGAGACAAACGACCCCAAAAUGGCGCUGGGCCAAAAAAAAAAACCUGCCUUAGGUACAUACCAAACUUUUUUCUUGUAUGGUGUCACUACAUGGCACUGAAGAGUUGAAUGCAAAAAUAUAAA